AUGAAAGGUACAGAUACUUCCAUACGGAAAGAAGAAAGAGUAUGCGGAUGUUUGCAAAAGCGAAAAACGGGUAAAGAUGACUUAUUGCCUUCAUUUGCGACCCGCCUCAUGCUAGUCGGUUUUGCUGUGCUUCACAAUGGAUUGUUGGGAGGAGUUUUGUUUGGUUGGGCGAGCAUUGAUCAAACACUGCUUGGAGCACCCCUAGAAGAGGGAGGAGCUGGUUUGAAUCUCAAGGAGACGGCACGAAUAUUCAGUUGGGCGUCUAGCUUGAACAUGUUCUCGCCAUUUCUGUUGGGAAUGGUGCUCGAUCGUUUCGGACCUCGAGUGGCCGCCACGGUUGCCAGCAUGACAGUCACGGUUGGGUCACUCGUCUUUGCCUCGACUUCGCACUUCUGGGGCUUUGUAGCAGCCGCACUCUUGAUAUCGCUGGGCGGUCCAGGCGUUGCAUCCUGCAUCAUUCACAUUUCCAAUUUGUUCCCUGGCAAUGAAAACUUGGUCAUGGCAACCUUAACUGGAAGUGUUGCCUUCAGCUUCUCGCUCUUUGCAAUAUUUGACGACUUGUGGAGUCAGUGGAACUUGACGCUACCUGAAUUAUUCCGAUUGUACGCAGGCAUUGCUUUUCUUCUUGGGAUCGGAUCUUUGAUUCUGUAUCCUGAUGAGCCCUACAAGCAGCAUGCGCAUGAUGACCAAGCGGACCAUAUCACAGAAGAAGAGAAGCAAUUGCUCUCAACCAAAACGAAACAGCUGUUGACAAUUCACGAGGGAGAGGAGGAUGCCCUGGCAGCUACAACAGAUCGGCAUCAUCACCAUCAUCAUCAUCACCCUCACAUUGAGUCUGCCAUGACUACUUCCUCACUGCAUAUUGAGCAGCCACUGAACUCGUACUUGAGAGAUGAAAAAAAAAUGUUUACAAGGAGCGAGUCGUUCCUUGCUGUCAAGAAAGCCAUGGAAGCCAACGAUAAGGAGCUUGUCAAGGCUGUGGGGUUGAAAGAUCAGCCCUUUUUUGUGCAGAUCCUCAGUCCGACUUAUCUACGGGCGACCUUCGUCUUUAUGGUUACCAGCUUUGCCACGAAUUUCUAUGUGGUUUCCAUCUCCACAGAGCUUGCCGACGCUCAAAUAUACAACGCCGCAACUCAGCACCAGCUGGCUCGAAACUUUACGGUCAUCAUGGCGACGGGUGCCUUUAUCUCCAUUCCAAUUGGUUGGUUGAUUGAUGAACUUGGAGUGGAAGUUUGCACGUUCGUCACGCUGAUCAUGGGGCAAUUGCAAAUGCUGUUGCUCAUCUUUGGUGCCGAGAGUAUCAUUUGCUACACCAUUAGCUUUUGGGUGUAUACAUUAUUUCGACAGUUUCUCUACCCAGUGUACAUUUCGUCGUUAACCUCCCGACUAGGCUUUAAGUAUUUUGGAGUGCUGUUGGGCAUUGGAUUUGGAUUGGGAGGCGUUGCGCAGUUGUUCCUUUACCCUUUGGAUGUACUAGUGCAGGGAAACUGUCGACUACAAGAUGAGAAUACGAUGGAAGCAGAGGAAUGCAGUAAUGGGUAUUGGGCGGAGCUUAACGUGAUUCAAACAUUGAUAUUGUUAGUCUUGUGGGUAGUACCUUUUCUUGACGACAGAGAAAAGAGGCAGAGAGAACAGAAAAUCAAAGAAAUCCUGUCCCAAAGACUAUCUACAACAUACGGCACAAGUUCGGACUAA